AUGGCGACCAUGGAACAUCCCAACAUCGUGAGGUUCAUCGGUGUGGCGUGGGAAUCUUUGAGUGAAUUGUACUGUGUGUCCGAAUUCAUGAGUGGCGGCGACCUGCGAUCCUUGUUGCAAAACUACCUCGCUACUGGCACCCCUCAGGGAAUGAACGUCAGUAAAAUACAGAUCGCUUACGGCGUGGCGUUUGCCUUGACGUAUUUGCACUCGCUGGAUCCUGCGGUGCUGCAUCGCGACCUUAAGUCCCGUAACAUAUUGCUGACAGAGUCCUUGACGGCUAAAAUCACAGACUUCGGCACCUCGCGAAUCCGUUCCGAUGGCUCCAUGACUUCAAACGUGGGGAGCGGAUGUGUUUUCUUUUGGUGUGGUCAUCUCGGAGCUGGAUACGCAUGA